AAACAAUGUCGCUGUGCCUGUAAGCUUGCAGUUAGGUAGUGCAGAUUGCGUAGAAUGCUAGUUGCUGUGCCAUAGAAACAAACAAAAUGGCUGAUUACUGGAAAUCACAAGCAAAGAAAUUCUGUAAAUUUUGUAAAUGCUGGAUUGCAGAUAACAAACCUAGCAUUGAAUUCCAUGAGGGUGGUUCCAGACACAAGGAGAAUGUUGCCAAACGCAUCUCAGAAAUUAGUAAGAAGAGCCGAGAGGAAUAUGAGAGUAAUAAAAACAUUGACAAUGAGAUGAAAAAGAUGGAAGAGGCUGCCAUGAAAGCGUAUCUGAAGGAUGUGGAAGCUGAAGCAGAUUACACAUCAAAAAUUAUUAAAGAGAAAGCAAUGCAGAAAAAUCUAGAGGAGGGUGGCACCUCGGAAGAAAAAGAAUUGGUAGAUAUUGCCUUUAGGGUGAAAGAAUCUGCAGAAACCGCUGAAACAGAAAAAAAGGAGGAGAAAAAAGUGUGGUGGGAAGCCAAAUCAGAUGAAGGCCAUACAUACUACUGGAAUACAGAAAGUGGAGAAUCAGUGUGGGAACCACCAGAAGAUGGCUAUGUUUCAUUAGCAGAGCAAAAAGAAGAGGCCAAGAGAGCUGAAAAGGCAGCAAAGAGAAAGAAAGCAGCAGAUGAAAUGAAGAAGAAAGAAGAAGAAAAACAAAUAAGUGAAGAAAAACAAGCACGCAUACAGCGUGAGAAAAUGAAGGACAUUUAUGGGAGGAAAGAAAAAGAAGAGGCCAAGGAGAAACCCAGGAUGUCUGCUCCUAUAGGUCCUGCUCCAAGGGUUGAUCCUUAUGGCUCAUGGAAAGUUAUAGAGAAAAAGGAAUUCAAACCAGUGGAUCUUCAGCUACCUGAACAAGAGUUUAUACCAAUCAAAGUCCCAACUCUAACUGAAGAACCAAAAGUAAAGUUCAAAGAAAAAACUGUUGCAACAGGGACAAUAGUGACAGAUGAUGAUGAAGUCAAUGUAUCAGGUUUUAAAAAGAGAAAAGCUGCUCCUGGUGUUAAAAGAAAUAUGAGGCAAAGAUUGGAUGAGGACUAAAUUAAGCAGUUAUGUUUGAUCAUGCUGUGAUUGUGACUUGUGUACAAAAUCUUAUUACAGUUUUAUACACUUAAUAAAUAAAGAGAAUUGUGUUACAUA